UGACGUAAUCGAUGUGCGCCGCCGGCGGCUUUCUUUUUUUAUUUUUUCCUAACAGUCGGCGGUAUCAACUGUUCUCUCGACGAGUAACUAGCAAAUUCUUUUCAUGCAGAAUGCCUCUUCCUCCGGCACUUCUGGCCCGCUUGGCCAAGAGAGGGAUUGUUAAACCAACAGAUCAAGAUGGAGAUGAGGAGAUUAUCGCUGAAGAUUACGAUGACAACAAUGUGGAUUAUGAAUCCACCAGACUAGAGAACCUUCCUCCAAACUGGUACAAAGUGUUCGAUCCGUCCUGCGGUCUUCCUUACUACUGGAAUGUAGAGACAGAUAUGGUGGCCUGGCUUUCACCAAACGACCCCACUGCAGUUAUAACAAAACCUGCCAAGAAAAUGAAGGCUGAUGUCACAGAUGAAAGAGCCGAGAGGCCGAUUGAAAAGCCAGAGAAGGAACGAGAUCGGGAUCGCGACAGAGAUCGGGAACGAGAUCGGGAACGAGACCGGGACAGGGAAAGGGACCGGGAACGGGACCGAGAGAGAGACAGGGACCGGGACGAAGGACGGGACAGAAGGAAGCAGAGGAGAGACGACAUGCCACCGUACGGCAAAAGCAAAAGAGGAAGAAAAGAUGAUGAGAUGGACCCAAUGGACCCGAGUGCCUAUUCUGAUGCUCCAAGGGGCUCUUGGUCAAGCGGCCUCCCCAAACGCAACGAAGCAAAGACGGGCGCAGACACGACCGCAGCCGGGCCGCUGUUCCAGCAGCGGCCGUACCCGAGUCCCGGCGCGGUGCUGCGAGCGAACGCCGCUAACCAUCCGCCCAAGGAGUGAACCGGGAUCCCGCAAAGACAGACAAAAGGUCCCGUAUGGAGGGCCGCACACACACAAACGUUGUUGCCAGCGCUUUAGUACGGAAACACCUAAGGGACAUGGGGAGAUUUUUUUUUUGUGUGUGUGUUGGCUCGCAAAUGUACCACGGAAUAUUGGCGCCAUACAAAAAAUUUAAUUUACAAGAAUAACAUCAAAAUAAUACGAGAAUAUUCAUAUUUCAAGAAGUUGUAUUAUUGUGUUAAUAAGGAUAUUACGAGAAUAAAGUCAUAAUUUUAUGAGAAUAAAGUAAUAUUACCACAAGAACUUGAAAUAAUGCAAAACUAUAGUAAAAAAUGUAGGAGUAAAGUCUAAAUAAUGAGAAUAAAGUCAUAAUAUUUAGACUAUUUUUGUACGAGUUUAUUCUUGUAAUAUUUGUUAUUCUCGUAAUAAAGUAAUAUUACAAAGUAGACAAAGUAAUAUUACUUUAUUAAUAUUUCUUCAUUACUGAUUAUUUUUGGCUCAAUUAUUCCCUGCAAUUAAUCACAUCCAAACCAAAUAUUAAACUUACCUGUUCAUAUUGUCGUAAUGUGAUUUUAUUCACAUAAAUCUUUAACUUAAUUCUUAAAAUAUGACUUAUUUCAACUUCAUUCUCAUAUGACAUCUAAUGACUUCAUUCUCUUUUAUUUUUCAGAUUUUUUAGUAUGGCCCCAACACGCUGUUGUACCAAAGUUUUUUCGUUCCCUCGCAACAACAUACCAGUUUAUUCACGCAGCAUCUUGAAUACAGAGUCUUUCUGCUACAAUAUGAAGUUUUUCAACGUAUAUUAACAUCUAUUUUGAGUUAUUUUAAAUUUUAAAUCUUUUUCACUAGGAUACAGGUCAAACAGAAACUUUCCAUAACACAGAGAAGAAAAUACAUCCAAACUAUUUGGACAAUUUUUAUUUUCACAGUGUAAUAAAGUAAUUUAGUUUGGUCGUCUAAAUGGUUAAAAAAGGGCCGUUUUCAUGGGCAGUCCAAUCUCUGAAUUACACAAACGAGAAAAAAAACAGAUAAUAAAUUAAUUUUCAACCAGUUUCUCCACUAAAAAGUGAAGAAUAUUUAAAUAUUCAGAGGCUCCGUUAAGGUCCAUGUCAAUAUACUAGUUUGCUAGUUUACUGCGAGGGAACGCAAAAAAAAAAAGUUUUAUGUCUUAAACAUUUUAUUUUUAGAUGUGUGCAUCCAUGCAAACAUGUUGUAAAUAUGUUUUAUAUUAAAUAUUGACUUUUUUGUUGCUACUACAACCAUCUCUGGCCAUAAUAAUAAAUUUCAACAUUGCUGUGAAAC